CAUAAUCUCAUAACAAAACAUAAAGUGUUAGUGUUACAUAGAAUUAGAAAAACAAAAAACUUGUAGUUUUUCACAAUAUACCAAAUUAAAAAAUAUAAUCAUGUCGGAGGAGAAACACCACCACAGCCUCUUUAACCACCACAAGGAUGGUGAUGAAAACAAGCCCGUAGACUAUGAGAAAGAAGAAAAGUCGCACAAGCACAAAGAACACUUGGGUGAGCUUGGUACGGUCGCGGCUGGUGCUUUUGCUCUUCAUGAGAAGCACAAGGCAAAGAAAGAUCCAGAGCAUGCACACAAGCACAAACUAGAGGAAGAAAUCGCUGCUGCCGCGGCUGUAGGGACCGGUGGCUAUGCCUUCCAUGAGCAUCAUGAGAAGAAGGAAGCCAAGGAAGAGAGGAAAGAACAUGAUGGAAAGCACCACCUCUUCUAAGGCCGUUACUAUACCGUAUUUUUCUAUACGAUGCUCUACUUGCUUUUCCUACGUUACGGCUUGAGAGUUCAUGUGUACGUACUUGAUUGUGUAAUUAAUAUGUAUGGAAAAUAAGUGAUCAUCUCCUCAGUGUGUGCUGUUUGUGUACAUAUAUGUAAUUAGUUUUAUUUGGGAUUGCAUCAUAUUGUUACUACUUUUAUCAAAAAAGAAAAUAUGGUGUUGUUUGCUUAAGGAUUGAUGUUUUUUUUAAUACAAAAUACACUAUAUGGAUUGGUUAUUAUUAGAGUGUUAACUGAUAA